AUGUGUCUUACAAACACCCACUCAGCGUCUGCUAAAUUUAACCCAGCGUCAGACUCACUCCAGACUCAGACCGUCUCCAGACUCAGACUCACUCCAGACUCAGACCGUCUCCAGACUCAGACUCACUCCAGACUCAGACCGUCUCCAGACUCAGACUCACUCCAGACUCAGACCGUCUCCAGACUCAGACCGUCUCCAGACUCAGACCGUCUCCAGACUCAGACUCACUCCAGACUCAGACCGUCUCCAGACUCAGACUCACUCCAGACUCAGACCGUCUCCAGACUCAGACCGUCUCCAGACUCAGACCGUCUCCAGACUCAGACCGUCUCCAGACUCAGACUCACUCCAGACUCAGACCGUCUCCAGACUCAGACCGUCUCCAGACUCAGACCGUCUCCAGACUCAGACUCACUCCAGACUCAGACCGUCUCCAGACUCAGACCGUCUCCAGACUCAGACCGUCUCCAGACUCAGACCGUCUCCAGACUCAGACCGUCUCCAGACUCAGACUCACUCCAGACUCAGACCGUCUCCAGACUCAGACUCACUCCAGACUCAGACCGUCUCCAGACUCAGACCGUCUCCAGACUCAGACCGUCUCCAGACUCAGACCGUCUCCAGACUCAGACUCACUCCAGACUCAGACCGUCUCCAGACUCAGACCGUCUCCAGACUCAGACCGUCUCCAGACUCAGACUCACUCCAGACUCAGACCGUCUCCAGACUCAGACUCACUCCAGACUCCGUCUCCAGACCGUCUCCAGACUCAGACCGUCUCCAGACUCAGACCGUCUCCAGACUCAGACCGUCUCCAGACUCAGACCGUCUCUAGGUCUCUGGGUCUCUGGGUCUUCAGGGAACUGCAGACCUCACACAGACGCAGGUGGUUCUGUCACUUCCUGUUUCCCGUCCGUCAUCUGCUCUGAGGUCGCCAAGUGUUGGGGGUUCUCUCUCCUGUUCGGGUCAGAUUGGGGCACUUCCUCAGGCGACCGUCACGUCUCCUCCGUCACGCCUCACUUCAUAUUGGUCGUGAUGAGUGGGUUUGAGUCAGAUGAGUUUCUACAUUUCCUCUGGAACCGUCUGCGUCAGAACCUCUUCCUGCGGUGA